AUGGCCACGCUUAAUGUGCUUCUUACGGGCUUUGGCAUCGUACGUGAUGGCACCCAAUCCGAUUAUGUGGUUUUCUAUGGUACAAUUCAACAAGGAAAUGGCAAUUCUUGGACUGUUUAUCGAUCUUUUGACGUCUUUCAGCGACUUGGUCAACAGCUUUCAAUGAUUUUUGGACAAGCAGUACCCUCGUGUCCAGCUCGUAUGUUUAAUUUACGCUUUCCAGACUCAUUAGAGAAGACACGAGUGGAGUUAAACAUGUGGAUGAUGCAACUCUUGCAACAUCCACCUAUCUAUCAAUCCCAUGUAUUUAUCGACUUUAUCAGUGCAGAUGCCAAUGUACCACCUCUAGGAUUGCAAAACACAGCAGUAGCAGCUCCAAGAGGUGGUAAUAUUGGAGACCUUGAUAUGGACGAGAUGUUUGACUCGACCACGGACGAUGAUCCACGGUCUCAUGAUGAACUACACGACGAUGAUAUCUUUCAGUUUGACUACAAUACGGAUAUGUCAAGUGCUGGACUGGACCAACAGACAUUGCUAAAGGAGACACAAUUGCAACAUGCACAACAAGUUGAAGAGCAAAAGAAGAGUGAGAAAGUGACACUGGAAGAUUUUGUCAUGAUCAAGGUCAUUGGCAAAGGAAGUUUUGGAAAGGUAUUGCUUGUACGCAAGCGAGACACUGGACUCAUUUAUGCUAUGAAGGUGUUGCGAAAGGAAAAUAUUAUCAAGCGCAAUCAAGUGGAACAUACACGCACGGAACGUCAUGUGCUGGGUUAUGUGCGGCAUCCAUUCAUUGUGGGACUGAACUAUGCUUUUCAAACGUCAGAGAAAUUGUACUUUGUGCUUGACUACUGUGCCGGUGGAGAGCUUUUCUUUCAUCUUGGUAAAGUGCAGCGGUUCCCUGAGCACCGCGCACGAUUCUACGCUGCUGAGAUUACACUAGCGAUUGAGUACGUGCACAAUUUGGAUGUCAUCUAUCGCGACUUGAAACCUGAGAACGUUUUAUUGGACGAGAAUGGACACAUUCGUCUGACAGACUUUGGCCUCUCCAAGGAGGGCAUCCAGGAUGAUUUUUCAGGUGCCAACUCGUUCUGCGGCACACCCGAGUAUCUAUCGCCCGAGAUUUUGAACCGCUCGGGCCACGGCCGAGCUGUAGACUGGUGGUCUCUUGGCGCAUUGCUGUAUGAAAUGCUUACUGGUCUGCCGCCGUUCUAUUGCCGCGAUCGUGACCGUCUGUUUGAGAAGAUUCGCAAGGGUGAUCUUAGUUUUCCCAAAUAUUUGUCACCGAGUGCCAAGGACUUGCUGAAGAAACUGCUAGAGCGUGAUCCGACGCGACGUCUAGGAACUGGUCCGACCGAUGCGAGUGAGAUUAAAAACCACCCAUUUUUUGUAGAGAUCAAGUGGGACGCACUUGCUACAGGUCAGGUGCCGCCCCCAUGGCGUCCUACUUUCUCUGGCGCUCUUGACACAUCCCAGUUUGAUCGCGAAUUCACUGAUAUGCCCGUGGUGAGUCCGGACAAUCACGUGCGUGGGGGUAUGGCGAUGGCUGUGGGGCGGCGACCUGCUAACGGUACCGCGUACGGCAGUAGUCUCGCAAGCAAUGACCCGUUCAAAGGCUUCACGUACACGGAGGAUUCCUACCUGCAAGACGGCCUCCCAGGCCGCAGCCCGGCCACACGAGGAAGUGGUCGUAUGCGGCACCAUAACAUGUGA